GAAGAAGAUUUUUCAAUGGAGGCGAUUUCGAGGUCCGGGAGGACUACGACGGAGCUUCACCACAUGUCUAAGAAAUGGAAGGAUCCUAAAAGUGCUCAACGCAGCCCUGAACACACCAAAGUUUGGACGGAACCACCUCCGAACAAUAAAUAGACCACGUAGAGUCGCCGUCGUCUACUAUCUCUCCAGGAAUGGUAACCUUGAGCAUCCUCAUUUUAUCGAGGUUCCUCUCUCCUCCUCCGACGGCCUUUAUCUGCAAGAGAUGUAAUCGAUCGCCUGAAUUCCCUCCGUGGAAAGGAAAAGGAAUUGCAGCAUUGUACUCAUGGUCUUCAGGAGUUACAAAAACGGAUUCGUAUGGCACGAUUUGGCGGAGAAUGAUUACAUUUACCCAGCACAUGGCCAAGAGUACGUUCUGA